UCUCUCUCUCUCUCUUUCUGUUGAAUGUGGUGAAGUCAUAUAUUUCAGACAAGGGUGUUUGCUGUAUUUAUGUUGGCAGUCCUGUAUGGUGCACUCUGCACUGUGUUGUAAGAGAGAAGAAUAGCGGGAACGCAGAAACACAAGCCCACCUGUAUUCACCUGAAAGCUACUACACAAAAAUCAGCAUGGCAUACAGAGGUCCUGCCUAUGGUUUAAGCCGGGAGGUACAGAGUAAGAUUGAUAAGAAAUAUGACCCGGAACUGGAGGAAAGGUUGGUGAAGUGGAUCGUCAAGCAGUGUGGCGUAAGCGAGCCUGAGCCAGGAAAGGUCGGAUUCCAAAACUGGCUCAAGGACGGAUGUGUGCUAGGUGAGCUCAUCAACAGCUUGUAUGCAUCCAACAAGCCGCUCAAGACCAUCAAGGGCUCGACCAUGGCGUUCAAGCAGAUGGAACAAAUAGCUGUGUUCCUCAAAGCUGCUGAAGAUUAUGGAGUCACCAAAACUGAUAUGUUUCAGACUGUAGACCUCUUUGAAGGCAAGGACUUGGCUGCUGUCCAGAGGACCCUGAUGGCUCUGGGUAGUCUGGCUGUCACAAAGGAAAAUGGGUGUUACAAAGGAGACCCCAGCUGGUUCCAUAAGAAAGCCCAAGAAAACAGGAGAGAAUUCUCAGAUGAACAGCUGAGCGAAGGCAAAAAUGUCAUAGGCCUACAAAUGGGCACAAAUAAAGGAGCAUCUCAAGCUGGAAUGACGAGCUAUGGACGACCAAGGCAGAUCAUCAACAACCCCUGAAUCAGAGCAGUGAUUCAACCCUCCUCCCAGACACUCCUUCUUCUGCCCUCUGAAAGGCCAAUGAAGAUGGAGAAGCUCUGACUCUUACUUUGGCCAUAAGGAGAAAUGUGACCUGACUGUUUUUUACGGCUAAACUGGACCAAAACAGGGACCAAUGAGAACACGUACUUCAUGUUGAGCACAUAUACAUACAGCAAUACUUUAACAGUGCAAAUAAACAAUUAGACAGCAUUUUGAAUAGUAAAUUGUAAAUUAGACUUUUUUCUUAAAGAAUUAUUCCAGUUGUUUUGCAUGUGUUAACACAAUACCUAAAAAUUAAAUGUGCGAGAUUUUAGAUUUCAGAGGUUUCAGUUCAUUAUACCAAUCAAUUUGCAGACUUGUAACUUGCUUUAAUUUAGUACUCCUUCACAUUUACAUAUGCACAUAGGAAACAGGAGGUUUAAAGGUUCUCUGCAAGAAAAAAUUUGAGCAUCAAACACUUAAUUUUAUGCAUUUUGGUGAAUUUCUAUGCUCCAAUGUGUGGUGUAAAUGUCUGUAAUUUUUUCAAAAUAAAAGUCCUCUGCCACUUUAAUGUUUUAAUUGGGGAGGGGGAACAAAUGCACCAGUUCUAAAUAUAGAGGGGAGGUUUUCCAACCCCCACCCCAAAAUCUACACCUAUGCCAUCAACAUGUAGUAGCUUUACUCUUUAUUUCAGCCUCUAUAUAAUUGUUAUUACAGCAUGCACUUUCAAAACUGCAUUCAAGGACACUACGAUAUCUGACAUCUGAGAAAUUUUAAUGGAUGAAACAACCAUAUCCAUUAUUUAUGUUUCACAGUGCCCUUGUUUGCUUUUUGUUCAUCUCUAAGCAUUGCUUUUCUGACAAUGUUGCUAUCAAUUCUUGGAUGUGAGGCAGUACUUGAAUGCACCGCCAAGGAGAGUUUUGAAAAGGUACCCUGCUCACAACUACAACACAACAAUUAACAACAACAAAAUUAAUGAUAAUGAGGAAAAAAUAACUAAUUGUUAAAUGUAAUUACAUGAUCUCAAGCAAGUUUCAAGUGCCAUUUGUUGUGUAUUGGAAGAAACUGAAACAAGUGGCAGCCUGGACAGUAAGAAGUGGAGUGUUGUGGGUUUAUGAUAAUUUGAAUUUAAAGGUCACAUACUCAAGUCAUUUUAGAAAGUGAAUUGCCAAGUUUAAAACUGUUUUAAGAAGAACAUAAAAUACAGUCAUGUGUGUUUUAUUUGCUCCAUAACACAAUCUGUAGUCAGAUGCUCUGAGUUAACUCAUUAUCAUCAAGACGUCGGCCCUUCUUUUUAGAGUUUAAUACAUCAUAUAUAAUGACAAUGAUUUUGAAUAAAGUUCAAUUUACCUGUUAA